AUGGCUUCUCACUCUGAACAAAAGGCCCGCAACGAAGAAAAGGUCCCAACCCCGGCCUACCUGCCAACUAGCACAGACUCUCCACUUUACGUUAACCGCAAACUCUACAACUCUAUUGCUGAGACUGGUACCAAAGAAAACAUCCAAAAGGGUCGUGUUCUUGUUGAUAAAUUCAUUAUCCCUAUCCGAUCUGCCAAGGCAUGGAAGGUUCCUGCAGGCCAUGUGUGCCGCUUGAGCACUCCCGAAGGACCCCAAGUGGGAGAUUUGAACCUUUGGAACUUAAAUAACCCACGCGAACGCUUUUGGGCUGCUCGAACUCGCCAGCUGCACCAGUGUCAUGUGUCUACUUAUGACCGCCUUUGGUCCUCUCUUCCCUUCUUGAGACCCAUGGCUACCAUCAUUAGCGACACAUUGACUGACUACGGUACUGAUAAGUGGGGUGGCCGCUGUCACGAUCUUCUGGGAACCCGUUGCGAUCCUUACGUCGAUGCUCUUCUUGCUGGAAACCAAAUGGAUUUUCACUGUCACUCUAACCUCACGCGCGCCGUGAUGCCAUUUGGGCUGACCGAGUACGAUGUCCAUGACGUUCUUAACGUUUUUCAGGUCACUGGUUUGAACGAAAAAGAGCAGUACUUUAUGGAAACUUGUCCCUCGACAUCUGUCGAUCACUUUGAGUUUUUUGCCGAGAUCGACUUGCUUUGUGCAUUGUCGGCAUGCCCUGGUGGUGACUUAUCUCUUUGGGGCUGGGGAGAGACUGAUGAAGACAGCCAGGUGAAAUGCUGCCGCCCCUUAGGUGUCGAAGUAUACAAGAUUGUUGAUGAAGAACUUCUCAAGGACUGGAAAGAACCUGAGGUUGCUCCUUAUUAUGGUAAUCAUGGCUUGAAGACUCCUGUUUUUGAAAAGUAA